GUCGUUGGAGCUUCGCAGGAACCAAACACGAGCCCGACGACGUAUUCGACGCUGUACUCGCGCUCGUUUACACUUACAGUGCGGUUAGUUUUGUGCUUUGCGGACGUUGCAGGAAUUUUAUUUACUGGUUGUUUUGGUUGGCGUCCUCGAGAACUUUUUUCUUCGGUGAUUUGCGAACGUGAAUGGCGCAUUAGUCAAAAAUCGUGUCCAAACAGAUGAGGAGCGAGACCAUGACGCCGGAACCGACGCCACCUAAACGCGGCACCAUCAGCGAAGGCCUGCUGAUGGUGCCCAAGCCGCAGAACAUCUUGAACACGAUCAACAAGCACAAACGUGCAGGCUCGACCGGCACCACCGGCGACGAGAGUUGCACCACCGACGAGGACUUCGACCUCGACACCGACGACCCCGAAUUAUCGCUGCCCGUCACCAGGAACUUGUACGUAAACAACACAAGCGAUUUCGGCUCGUACUCGGACAUAGCCACCAUCACAGACAAAAUAGGGCAUGCGACCGUCAUGCAUCGCAACUCAUCCGAUUCGUCGGUCUACAGCGAGUUCGAGAAGUGCGAUGACAUAUCCGGGUACGAGAACGGGAGCAAGGCGGGCUCCAGCGACGAUCUGAAGAGGUUCGAUGGAGAGAACGGGGAUGUGGAUCAGGUGGACUUCGCGUGUGUGCGCAACAGGGACAAGACCGUGGUCAGGCUGCAAAACGAGCUCAAGGAGGCCAACGAGGAGCUGAAGUUGAGGGACGAAGAGCUGAUCAGGCUGACGAGGAUCAGGAAGGAUGUCGAAUCGGAACUGGAGGACUUGACCGCCAGUUUGUUCCAAGAGGCCCACAACAUGGUGCGGGAGGCGAAUGAGAAGCAGGCGGCCGCCGAGAAGGCGCUCAGAGAGAGCCAGAUGAAAGUGGACGUGCUGACGGCCGAGGUUGCCGCGCUCAAGACCCUCGUCCUUACAUCGACGCCCAGCCAUCCCAACCCCCAUCUACAUCCGCAGAUCUCCAAGGACGAGCCAGGUGUGGCGAUAUUCACGAAGAAACACCGCAGGUCGCCCUCGCACUUCAACCUGAAAUAUGGCAGGGAGAAUUCGCCGCCCGAAUCGCCGGUCAAGGAGGUGUUGCACAUCGCCGGCGAGUUCGAGACGAAGGAGGGAUUGGAGGUCGACCCCGUCCUUCACAAGGAGUUCCUGGCAUGGAAACAAAAUCCGACGCUGGACAAAACCGAUCCAUUCCUUCGUCGGAUCUACGUGGAGGACAUCGAAUUGUGUCUCAGUUUCACCAACAAAGAGCUCAGCGAAAAGGUGAUCGGUGCCGUUGAAUCCGGGACCAUCCACAUCGAGGCGGUUGGCGACAAAACCAAGGCGAUGUUUCCGAAAAAAUGUUCGCUGUUGGAGGUACCGAGACUGUGUUUUUAUCGAAUGAAUAUGGGGGAAUCCGACGACUGGUACAGCAUAUCACAAAUAUGUCGUAAUCGGAUUAUUGCUGUCUGUGAUUUUCUAAAUUAUCUGAAAUAUAUCGAACGUGGACUCGUCAAAAGUUCAGCUCAUGACGUUUAUUGGGAGAUAGUGAGGCUGAGAAAAAACAUCGCGUGUGCGCGUUUAGGACUGGACCUGGCCUCCUGAGAAAUCCGCAUCGGACCGCAGCCCUUGAGAGUGUGCCAACCACUAUCCAGUGACCGGCCGAAGAAGCACUGGCUUCGGUGUCACUUAUUUGAUUUUAAACAGUGAAUUUUAUUUUUGUAUGUUUGCAGAUCUGAUUUUGUAAGCCAAAGACUAUAUGUUAAGUUUGUUUUAAAAACUAGUUUUAUAUUAUGUAACGUGACAGUAAUUUUCGAUGCAACACUGUUACGGUGUAUUGUACAAUGUUUUAUAGGAGGACUGAGAUCACUAAUUAGUAAAUAAAUUUUCCUACAAUAGUUAGAACAGUAUGUAAAUAUUGAUUUAUAUUUGUACAAAGUAAUGUGUAAGUCUUCCUAUGUUUUUAUGUAUAUAAAGAAUCUAUAAAUGUUGAUAUUAUUAAGUCUCUCUACUCAUGCUAUGAAUCUAUUAAAAUAAAAUUAUUAUAACUACGAA